AUGGCGACUGUACACGUCCUCGACGACUAUUACCUGGCCAUCACGGCACUCAUCACAGUUGCAUAUCAGCUGUUUUUCUUCUCGAUAGCCUUCAGCUUCAAGUUCGACAAGCUCACGGACUUCGCCGGCGGCACAAACUUUGUGGUUCUCGCCAUAAUCACCCUCUCCCUCAGCGGCCAUGCCCACGCACGCCAGGUCGUCGCCUCCAUCUUCAUCAUGCUCUGGGGCGCCCGCCUCUCGGCCUUCCUCCUGUUCCGCAUCCUCAAGACGGGCAAGGACGACCGCUUCGACGACAAGCGCGACAAGUUCUUCCCCUUCCUCGGCUUUUGGAUCUUCCAGAUGAUCUGGGUCUGGACUGUCUCGCUGCCCGUAACGGUGCUCAACUCGCCAAACGUCACGCGGUACCCGCAGCACGCUUUCGGCACGGGCCGCGACAUCGUCGGUGUCCUAUUCUUCGCCGUCGGCUUCGUCAUGGAGUCUGUCAGCGACGCCCAAAAGUACCGCUUCCGCCGGGACAAUCCGGGCCGGGAGGCCAUCUGCGACAAGGGCUUCUUCAAGGUCUCAAGGCAUCCGAACUACUUUGGCGAGAUCCUCAUCCAGUUCGGCAUCUACAUGAUCGCCGUGUCCUCCGCCGCGGACGGCUACGUCGGCGGCCAGGCCUUCAAGGCCCUCUACGCCACCAUACUCGGCCCCUUCUUCCUGACGCUGCUUCUCAUGUUCGUCUCGGGCCUGACGCUGCAGGAGCGGCCCGGCGCCAAGAAGCGCUACGAGAACGGCCAGAACUGGGAGGGUUACCGGCGCUACCUCGAGUGCACCAGCAUCCUGGUCCCCUUCCCACCGCAGUUGUACGCCCGCCUGCCGACGGUCCUGAAGCGCACCGUCUUCCUCGAGUUCCCCAUGUACGUCUUUGACCCGGCGAAGCACUCCGACGCCGGGGCCCGCGCCGAGGAGGGCCACCAGCACGAGUCCAUUGCCAAGCCUGGAAACGGGAGGCCGAGCGGUGAGGAGUCGCUCGUUGGGCAGUCAUCGUAA